AUGUGGAGAGCCUAUAAUGCUUGUGCGCAGAUAUUUAGUGGUCAUGGUGUUGUAAACCAUUCCACAAAUUUUUUGGAGCCACCAAAACAUUUGCCCCCAUUUUGGGUGCCAGCAGGACGGUUUUCCCCUGAAUGUUUAGACAAGCAAUGGGAGGGAGCGCCUCCUAAUAACAGACUGGCUCCAAUUCGGUACCAUACUCAACACAUUGAACGAGCUUGGAGAGAGUUAAAAAGAAUCCUAACACGAUGUAACUCUAAGUCAGUAGCUGACUCGUACAUUGGGGAGUGGAUGUACCGUAAAAAUAUCCUGGAUAGAUGUGGUAGUGUACAGGACCAAUUUAUACGUUUUAUGUCUGAUAUAGCACGUGCAUAUCCUGGAAUCGGAUUUAAUCCUAUGACCAGGGAUAUUGAGAAUUGUCAAUGCCCUGAGUGCUGAAAUGCAGGGUAAGUACUUAAAGUACUAUAACACUAAUUAAAAAAAUAAUCAAUUUAUACGUUAUAAUAAAAAAAAACCAUGUGUUUUAUUUCCAGAAAUCGUACACGUCGGCAGUAAAUAUAAACGGUUCUUUUAAGAACCAUACAUUUAAAACGGCCCUUUCAUAUUUUGAAAUUUUUUCCCAGACCCAAAAGCCAUACUACACCGUGAAAAUCGGUCGGAAAAUCGGAAAAUCGAAAAUCCGACUACGUGACGUUUAUCUACUACGGUACACGAACGAAAAACCUCUUAGACGUUUUUCGAUAUUUUGAAAUUUUUUCCCAGACCCAAAAGCCAUACUACACCGUGAAAAUCGGUCGGAAAAUCGGAAAAUCGAAAAUCCGACUACGUGACGUUUAUCUACUACGGUACACGAACGAAAAACCUCUUAGACG